UUUUAUUUAAGUUUAGUACUGUAAUUUGAUUUAAUUUUGACUGGAAAAUUCGACUCAGAAAUAAAAAGAUACAAAAACAUCAGAGCCGUUCAGAUUAAACCUAGGUGACACGCGGUAACGUUUAUAACCGUUGGUUUGGAAAGAGGUUCCACCAAAUACGACAGCUGUUAUUUUGUGCGGUAAUCCCUAGCGACAAAUUUAACGAAUCAGAUGAAAGACACGGCGCAGCAGCAAAACCUCUUUCUCUCUCUCUCUCUCUCUCUCUCGCUCUGCCUACAGAUCUGAGCUUCUCUCUCUCUUUUCUUAUUUCUUUCUUUUAGAUUCUUCUCGGAGAUUUUAUUCACUCAGCUUCAACCCAACAAUCUCGUUUUAUCUUUUCUUUUUAUCAUCUUCAUCAAUCAAGUAUCUCCAACUAUAGCGUAACUUCACUCAGCUUUGUCUUUGUUAUCACCAAAACCAAACAAAAAAAAAAUCGUCAAGGGCUAUUCCCUCUGGCAUUUAAAGUUCAACCGUAGUCUUUUUUCCUUUAAAAAAAACUAGGGUUUCGGAUACUAAAGUCGAACUAUUUGGAUCUGUGGGUCGAUCAUUGUUUUAGGAGCUAUAACUACUUAGUUUUUUUUUUUUUUUGUUGGGGUUUAGAUUAGAUCUUCUUCGUUGCAUGCUUUUGUUUUGAGGUCAUCUGGCUCAUCACAAUGGCUGCUUCAUAUCCAGGACCCGUUCAGGUUGGUUCAUACUUCGUGGGACAAUACUAUCAGGUGCUACAACAGCAACCUGAUCUACUUCAUCAGUUUUACUCAGAUGCCAGUAACAUGAUUCGGGUCGAUGGAGAUUCCUCCGAAUCUGCUUCCUCAAUGCUGCAAAUUCAUACCUUGGUCAUGUCACUAAAUUUUACUUCAAUUGAGAUCAAGACAAUUAAUUCUCUUGGUUCUUGGAAUGGAGGUGUUCUGGUGAUGGUUUUCGGUUCUGUUAAAAUCAUGGAUUUCAAUGGCAGAAGGAAAUUUGUGCAAACCUUUUUCCUUGCCCCUCAAGAGAAGGGUUACUUUGUUCUCAAUGAUAUCUUUCAGUUUAUUGAUGAUGGAAUGAUUUACCAACAUUCAGCUUCCACAUUACCAGAAAACAAGAUUGAUGCUCAACUAAAUAUGUCAAGCCCUGUUGCAGAGCCACCAGCAGUUUCUGACUAUGUUUUGGAGGAAGAGGCGAGGGAGUAUGUCAAUUCUGUUCAUAUAGAAGAUGGUCCAGUUGACAGAUAUAUUCUCACAGAGCAGCCAGAAGAAGAAGAUGCUGAAGCUGAAGUUGUGGCGGAGGAAGCUCCUGCAGAGGAAACUCUUGCUUUGCAUCACAGUGUGAUGAACACUGUGCAAGAACCCCCAGCUAUGCCUUUGGAGGAACCCGUUGGGGACCCUCCAAAGAGAACUUACGCCUCUAUUUUGCGUGUUCCGAAGGAGCAAUUUGCUUCAUCUGUUCAAGUUCAACCAUCUUAUAGAAAGAUUCCCCAGAGUACUUCAGAUUGGGAUCACACACCAGAGCCUCCUAGUCAGCAGUCACGUCCUGCUUGGUCAGAUAUGCCUGAAUCUGCAGCAGAGACAGCAGUGGAGGAAGGCUUGGUCUCUGAAGAAGGUGAAUAUACUGGUGAAUACAAAUCGGUCUAUGUGAGAAACUUGCCAUCUACUGUUACUGCUACUGAGAUUGAGCAGGAGUUCAAGAAUUUCGGCAGAAUCAAGCCUGAUGGUGUGUUUAUCCGGAACCGCAAGGAUGUUGUUGGUGUUUGCUAUGCUUUUGUUGAGUUUGAAGACAUUUUUGCUGUUCAAAAUGCAAUCAAGGCAUCUCCUAUACAGUUGGCAGGAAGGCAAGUCUACAUAGAGGAGCGCAGACCAAAUAGCAGCAGUAGAAGAAGGGGAAGAGGCAGGGGUACUUAUCCACUCGAGGUCGCAAGAGGUCGCUUUGGUUCUCGUAGUUUGGGUAGGGGAAACAACCAAGAAUUUGGUAACUACAGAUCAAGUGGCAAUGGUUUCUAUCAGCGAGGUUCUAGAUAAGAUAGCAUCAUGGGAAACAGAAUACAAGUUGGCUGAACUUCCCCAACUUUUUGCACAAUGGGGUUUUCUUUAGUCUUGGGGGUGAUUGAGGGUUGGUAGUUCCCAUUGAACAUUUUCCAUCAGUGACUUCCGAAUAUAUGCUUUUACAUUUUUGUGUGUUAUUCCACAUAAAAGGAGUGUUGGGGAACAUUUUUAAUUUUAUUUCGUUUGAUAGGUAUAUGUUUCUCCCCUUGAAUGCUUUUUAUUAUGCAGUUCGAGUGGAGAUUUUUUUUAUGUUCUUGAGCUGUUUUAUGAUUAAUGAGGCAUUGACGCAUUGUGAUGAUGGUUGAUUUUGUGAUUCUGAAAUGGAAGCAAUUUCAAUUACAA